AUGAAGAUCUUCAAUAAAGAAACUGUUUCAUUAUUAGAUCGAAACUACAAGAAUACAAAAAAGUCUAAUCAUUAUUACCAUAAAAACCCUACUGCUACUACGACAUUAGCACACGUUAUGCAUUUGUUUGAAGAAAAGAAUAAAUAUCCUCCUUUACCUUUUACGGGUCCUUUACCCAUCAAAGCCAAUGGAGCUAUUGUUGUACAUCGACCCAAUCAUCCUAUUCAUAUAAACGGUGACACUUACUCAGAUGAUGAUGAUGAUAAUGAUAAUGAUAAUUUUAUGAUGGAUAAUAAAGGUAGGGAUAGUUCAUCAAAAGCAACUACCGCUAGCAGGAGUAGUGAUAGUACAGAAGAAGAGUACGACUCAUCCACUGCCAUUCAAUUCAUUCAUGAAGAAAAUAAACGACUCUGUCAACAGAUACUCUUUGAAAGGAAGCAAUUUGAGAAAUGGAGAAAUAAGAAAAAGAACGAACGAAAAGAACUUGUGUCAGCAAAGCAAACAAUACAGGAAUUAAAACAAAAGAUGGAAAGAUUAGAGAAAUUAUUCAUGAUGUCUUUAGGUCAUACAGAUAACAAGAAUGGAAUAAAAUCUUUACGUCGUCAAUCCAUGGGUGCAACAGUAGAAAGAAGGGAACAUUUAAAAUUAUCUAAUAUCACUUGUGAGCAAAAGAUACAAGUUUUAUUAAAUGAAAUAGAAGCCAUGGAACAAGAAGAAAUAAAGGCUUCAAAAAGGCUAUCGAUACAAAAGGACGAAUAUGAAAGAAAGAUAGCUUAUAAAGAUACUAUGAUUCAACAAUUAGCUAACGAGUUACAACUACUGAAGAGACGAAACUUUUAA